AUGAAGAUAGAGGCGGCUGGUGUUGGUUCGGCGACAACAGUGGCGACUGCUGGUAGACGCUUGGCGGUUUGGCGAACACCAAGGUGGCUUGGAGAGCCCACAAGCUUAAACCCCGCAUCGCUAAAACCCUCGUGGAACGGAACUGAAAACAGGAUCGGGAAAAGCUUUAUGCUUCAUUCGCCGACUCAUUUCUCAGAUAAAACAAAAACGUCGGAAAAAAUGGCGGCGAAGUGGUGGCACACCGCCACUUGCGGCCUCAGAUCCUUGUCGGCAAACUCACCUUUACCAUUAUCAUCAUCAUCAUCGUCAUGGAGAACCGCUUCUUACCAUACGAUCCAAGCGAUCCCUAGAGAGUGCACGGGAAGCAGAGUGGCGGCCCGGGAUCGGGCCCAGGGCAGAAUCCCCGCCGUCGUCUUCAGCCAGAGCCUCCUCGAGAAAAACCCUAGCCACCGCUCGGCGGCCAAGAAGCAUUUGCUCACCACGGAGAGGAAGCAGAUUAACUCCAUUGUCAAGGACGUCAAGCUUCCUUUCUUCUGCUCCACCCGAUUCCCGCUCCAUAUCCGGGCCGGGUCAGGAUCGUCGGUUUUGCUCGAGUCCGGGACCGUUCUACCAAUCAAGAUUCAUAGGGAUGAAGAAACUGGGAGAAUAUUGAAUUUGGUGUUUGUUUGGGCUGAUGAGGGCACGGAAUUGAUGGUUGAUGUGCCGAUUGUUUUUAAAGGCGAAGAUGUUUCUCCUGGUCUUCAGAAAGGUGGUCGUCUGAACAGAAUAAGAACUAGCCUUAAAUACCUUUGCCCAGCAGAGCAUAUUCCUCCCAAGAUUGAGGUGGACAUGAGCAAUCUCGAUAUUGGAGACAGAAUUUUCAUACGUGACGUCGAGGUGCAUCCGUUGUUGAAGCUUUUGAGUAGGAAUGAAGAAAUGCCCAUUUGUAGCAUACUUGCAACAAAGUUGCAAAGCCCGGAAUCUGCUGGGGUUUAGGCACUGAAAAGCACAAAAUGGAAGACCUGCCUCUGGUUUGUUAUGCAUAACAUGUAUCACAAGCAAUUCAAGAAUAAGUCAGUUGUUUUUGCUAGGCACUCAUUAAGGUGGUUCUCGUGAAGUCUCAAGUAGGAAAAGGAAUUUUACAUUGUUAUAUGGAGAGUAAUCAGAUACAAGCCGGAUAUUGUAGCACUGGUGAGUCGAAUUAUGUGCUUAAUUCAUAUAUUCUUCUUUGUUUGUUAAGAAGUAUCAUGCGUUACUGUCAAAAUUAUAAACUCCAGUGAAAUGAUUAUGCAUGGAAGUUCAGAAGCAUGCUAAUGAAUGGUCGUAUUGAUUUCAGCUGUACUUUAAUAUUGCCGUAUGAAAAUGAU